CGCAGCCGCCCCGCGCCGAGCCCGCGCCAUGAGGGUGAAGAUCAAGUGCUGGAACGGCGUGGCCACGUGGCUGUGGGUGGCCAACGACGAGAACUGCGGCAUCUGCCGGAUGGCCUUCAACGGCUGCUGCCCGGACUGCAAGGUGCCCGGCGACGACUGCCCGCUGGUGUGGGGCCAGUGCUCGCACUGCUUCCACAUGCACUGCAUCCUCAAGUGGCUCAACGCGCAGCAGGCCCAGCAGCACUGCCCCAUGUGCCGCCAGGAGUGGAAGUUCAAGGAGUGAGCCAGGCGCGGCCAGGAAGCUCCAGGUCUGUGAUGCUGGCAGCCACUGCCCUGGCACUAUGCCUGCUGCAGGCUGUGCCCAGCCUUGCCUGGUACAAACCGGCAGUGGGCCGUGGCCACUAUUCGGUGGGCCGUGCUGCGGGGCUGCUGUC